AUGGCCUCGCGCUCGCUCGGCGCCUGGAAGUUCGCAAACCUUGUCACCUUUGUCUCCAAACCAAACGCGACGCCGAAGCUCACAGUAUUGCAGACGAAGAUGAUCACGGAGUACGGGAUGAGGGGAGAGGUGGGCAAGGCCAUCCACGUAUUCGAGCAAAUGCCCAAAAGGAACCAAAUUUCUUGGAACGCGAUGCUGUCCGUGCUCGUGGACUCCGGCCACGUGGACUCCGCCCUCCAGUUGUUCGAUGAAAUGCCCCAAAGGAACACAACAUCUUACACAUCGAUGAUUGCUUGCCUCUCGAGAUGCGGUUCGGCCUUGAAAGCACGCCAGCUCUUCGAUUCAAUUCCAUCUCAGGACCAGAAUGUGUUCUCGUGGACGGCGAUGAUAUCCUGUUACGCGCGUAACAACGAACCGCUCGAGGCUCUGAAGCUUUUCUCGGACCUUUAUGGCGCUCUCUUUGAGCUAAAAAUAUUACCCAAUUCACAUACUUUCAGUUCGCUGCUUAAGUGCUGCGGUUGCAUCCGAUCACUUGCUGCGGUAAGGCAAAUACAAUCUUUGAUGGUAAAGCUUCUGGACGGAGAAGGGGAGGGUUCUAUCUUUGUUCACAACUGUUUGAUUGAUGUGAAUGCCAAAUUGGGCAACCUGGUCGAUGCAGGGGAGAUUUUUAAUAGAAUGAGGUGGAAGGAUUUGGGAUCAUGGAAUGCUAUGAUGAAUGCAUAUACCCAUCACUUGUUGAUGGACAAAGCUCUUGAGAUGUUUUACUCUAUGGAAGAAAAGGACACGCUUUCAUGGAACAUAGCAAUGUCGGGCUUACUGGAAAGCCGUCGAGGAGAAGAAGCUCUAAGGCUCUUUCUCUUGUUAAGAUCGAGAAGAAGCACGGAGCCUAACUCGUCUACGUACUCGAUCAUCUUAAGUGCUUGUGCCACUUUAACAAUGCUCAAAUUUGGAAGGCAAAUACAUACAAUCACAGUAAAGAUUGGUCUUUAUUCGUCUAACAUCUUUGUUUGCAACUCAUUGAUUACUAUGUAUGCGAGUUGUGGAUCGAGCGAGGAAUUGGAGCGGGUGUUCGAUGAGAUGCCAAAGAAAGAUGUGGUCUCAUGGAAUUCGGUGAUACAAGGUCUGGGGCAAAAUGGAUAUAGUAAAAAAGCUUUGGAGAUGGCAGAGAAAGCAUUAGAUUCAAAGAAUUUCAAUCACAAUACUUUUGUUGCUAUAUUGACCAGUUGCAGCCACAGUGGUCUGGUUAACGAAGGCUUGGAUUAUUUCCACUCCAUGAGAAAGAAGUAUGGCAUUGACCCUAGCUUAGGUCAUUACAUUUGUGUUGUUGAUAUGCUUGGAAGAGCUGGCAGGCUAAAAGAAGCUCAUAGUCUGCUCGGCAGCAUGCCCUUUGCUGCUAAUUCAGUUGCAUGGUAUGCUCUUCUCAAUGCAUGUAUGAUCCAUGGUGACACAGAUAUGGGAAGAAUUGCGGCAAAAGAGCUACAGAUAUUGGAGCCUUGCAAUGCCAGGAGCUAUUUAGGAUUGGCAAAUAUUUAUGGUAGAACGGAUAAGAUAGAGGAAUCUAGAAGGCUAUUAGAUUUGAUAAGGAAGAAGGAAUUGAGGAAGGAACCUGGAAGCAGCUGGGUUGUGCAAACGUAG